AUGGAGGCAUCAAGAGUGUUCGUCAAGAAUCUACCACCUACCCUCACAGAGGCAGACUUUCGGAGGCACUUCUCCUCCAAUGGCAAAGGCCAGGAAAUCACAGACGUCAAGCUGAUCUCGAAGCGACGGAUCGGCUACAUCGGCUACAAAUCCCCUCAGGACGCCGCCAAGGCAGUCAAGUACUUCAACAGGUCAUACAUACGUUUGUCUAGGAUCUCUGUGGAGCCAGCAAAGACCAUCUCAGACCCCUCUCUACCGAACGCAAGAAGGGCGAGAUAUGACGAUGUCGGUGUGCCUACACAGGCGCUGGAGCCUAAGAGAGAGGAGGCCACCUCAGAUCAACAGCCCAAAAAGAGGAAGCGUGAGGACUUAGACGAGUCCGAUAAGAAACUAAAAGAAUACCUUGAGGUCAUGAAAACUGGUCAGGUCUCCUCAAACAAGCUUGAGGGAAUAAUGGACCCGGGCCAGCCGGACGUGGGCAAGGAGGAGCCGGCUCUUCAGAUUGAGGCAGAGAGCGACGAUGAAUAUGAAACGAUACCAACUAGACCAGCAAAGAAGCCGAGGGAAGCGACUGAAGGGAGAGAAGCGGAGCCGGCUACACAAGAUCUCCGGGUGGCGGACGUUGUCAAAGGUCAGGACCCUCCGACUCUUCCAGAGGCAUCGAGGCCAACAGCAGAUGUGAAUGCCACGGAUGACGACUGGCUGAGAUCCCGGACCAAUAGGCUGCUGGAUCUCGUGGACCCUGAUGAUCCUGAGGUUGCUGUUAAGCAGCAGAGCAGUCAAGUUGUGCCAAAGCAAGGCAGUCAAGACAUACCGGCGGACGGAUCUCCUGUUUCACCUGGGGUUGUUGAUCAAGAUGUCGUUGAAGAUCAUGAGGAGCAACCGGCGCAUCAUGUCGAUCAGGAUAGUGCUGUGGACACAAUCCGGGGGACCGCAAGGCUGUUCCUUAGGAAUCUUCCCUACAGCGCUACGGAAGAGGACCUCAGAAGCCAUUUCGAGACCUUCGGCGAGGUGAAAGAGGGACAGCUUAUACCGAUUGGCCGACUGCUCCACAUUUUGCCUGCGGCCCCGAAAAAGGAGCUCGCUGUGGACGAGUUUGCAAUUUCCAAACUGCCUCUCAAGAAACAGAACCUGAUCAAAAAGCGGGCAGAGGCGGCGUCGACCACCUUCAACUGGAAUUCCCUGUACAUGAGUCAAGACGCUGUCGUAGCAUCGACCGCAGCCCGACUAGGAGUGUCUAAGAGCGAUCUACUUGAUCCCACUUCCGCGGACGCAGCCGUGAAGCAGGCCAUUGCGGAGACCUCGGUCAUCCAGGAGACGAAGGCUUACUUCGCUGCUCAUGGCGUUGAUCUUGACGCGUUCAAGUCUCAGAAGAAGGGGGACACAGCUAUACUCGUAAAGAAUUUCCCCUUUGGAACAACCAUCGAUGAGCUGAGAAAGCUUUUUGAAGAGCAUGGCACUGUAUUACAGGUGUUGAUGCCUCCUAGCAAGACAAUUGCUAUUGUGCAAUUUUCCCAACCAGCACAUGCAAAGGCGGCAUUUGCGAAACUAGCGUAUCGUCGGGUCAAGGACUCGGUCUUGUUUCUCGAGAAGGCGCCAAGGAAGCUGUUUGGAGACCAAAAGCCUCCGCAGCCACAGGCGCAGGUGUCAGACGAUCGCCCCGCUCAAAAGGUCUCUGUUGCAGAACUGCUGGAACGUGAUGACAACUACGAUCAGCUUGAUACUACAUCUCUAUUCGUCCGUAACCUGGCCUUUGCCACUACUACAGAACAGCUGGCCGAGACCUUCAAAUCCCUUGAUGGCUUCGUAGCUGCUCGUGUUAAGACGAAGAAGGAUCCGAAGCGACCGGGCCAGAUCCUCAGCAUGGGCUUCGGCUUUGUCGAGUUCAAAACUAAGGAUCAGGCCUUGGCUGCACUGAAGGUCAUGGAUGGCUACGAUCUUGAGGGGCAUACUCUUGUAGUAAAGGCGUCUCACAAGGGACUCGAUGCCGCGGAGGAGCGGCGCCGAGAAGAUAAUGCUAAGAAGGCGGCGGGACAGAGGACAAAGAUCGUCAUUAAGAAUCUCCCCUUCCAGGCGUCCAAGAAGGACGUUCGGACCUUGUUCGGGACGUACGGGCAAUUACGCGCUGUCCGCGUUCCAAAGAAAUUCGGCAACUCGUCCCGGGGAUUUGCCUUUGCGGAGUUUGUUACUCCUAGAGAGGCGGAGAACGCGCUGAACGCGCUCAAAGAUACCCAUCUGCUUGGUCGCAGGCUCGUAUUAGACUACGCUGAGGCCGAGGCUAUUGACCCUGAGGAGGAAAUUGAGAAAAUGCAGAAGAAGAUCGGAGGGCAGGCCAAUAAGAUGGCCCUGCAGCAGCUCACAGGGAGAGGGCGACAAAAGGUCAAUAUUGGCGAUAGCAACGAAGACGAGGUAUGA